AACACAAGAAUUAAUUAGACCUGCUUUUAUUCACUUAUCCACUAAUUGACGUGAACUGUCGCGCUCUAUAUCCCACUGAACCCGACUCAAUUAUCUAUCCAACUGCGGGGUACACAAGAGAGGGAAAAGACCAGCCAUCCCGCGCGGAAGAGCUCGCGCAUCACAUCACUGGCUCUCGAGUCUUCCCAGCCAGCUCAGCCAGCGCCAUGUCCCUAAGCUCUUACAUCAACAAAAAAGUGCUCGUCAUAACCGUUGACGGCCGCACACUCCUCGGCACGCUGCUCUCCACCGACCAACUCACAAACCUCGUCCUGACACAAACCGUCGAGCGCAUAAUCCGUACACCAGAUGACCCCGAGCCCAGCUCGGAGAUUGAGCAUGGCUUGUAUUUGAUACGAGGCGACAAUGUAGUUGUUUGCGGCGAGGUGGAUGAGGCGGUUGAUGCAGAUAUAGACUGGGAGAAAGUGAAGGGGGAGGUGAUUCGGGGGACGAAGAAUGUUUAACGGAAACAAUUAAAGAGGGAGAUUAUAUGGGCGGAUCAAAUGAAUUCUUGUGAGGGUAUGGAUGAGCGUUUCGGCGCGGGAAUUGAAUCCAUGCUCAGCGCCUAUGUUAGUGCGGCUUCGAUCGAGUUAUGAAAAUUGAAGUUAGGAGCCGUGAUGGAGGGUAGAGCAUUUACAGUAUGAUAUCCGAGGACAAGUGCCUCAUAUGUGCUAGGCAAAGUACAUGCACCAAUACACGCGUCCAGAUGAUGACAUCGGGCCGAAUUUAUUUACAUUAGUGACACCACGCCGAGAUGAU